GUGGCUGCCACUAUGAUAACUACCUUGCUUUGCAACGUGGUGUUUCUGCUGGCAUUUGGAUUGGCUUCAGCUUUUAGCCACAGCCCUAGGACACCUGACAGGGUUACUGAAGCAGAUAUUCAGAGGCUCCUCCAUGGGGUUAUGGAGCAAUUGGGCAUUGCCAGACCCCGGGUAGAAUACCCAGCACACCAGGCUACGAAUCUUGUUGGUCCACAGAGCAUUGAAGGUGGUGCACAUGAGGGUCUCCAGCACUUGGGUCCUUAUGGCAAUAUCCCAAACAUAGUGGCUGAGCUGACAGGAGAUAAUGUACCAAAGGAUUUCAGUGAAGAUCAAGGAUAUCCUGAUCCUCCAAAUCCCUGCCCUAUUGGAAAAACAGUUGAUGAUGGGUGUCUAGAAAACACCCCAGACACAGCAGAGUUCAGCAGGGAAUACCAGCUGCACCAACACCUUUUUGAUCCAGAGCAUGACUAUCCCAACAGGGGCAAGUGGAGCAAGAGUUUACUCUUUGAGAAAAUCAAUGGUGGUCCAAAAAGAAGAAAGAGGAAUGUGAACCCAUAUCUGCAAGGACAGCGACUGGAUAAUGUUGUAGCAAAGAAGUCUGUUCCACAAUUUUCAGAUGAAGACAAAGGUCCUAAAUAAGUACAAUAAAAAUGAAAGACAAAAACUCAUGCCACCCUCUUCUAGAUCAUGAUAUUGCUUAUAUAUAA